AUUACUGUAUUGCGAUGCGGCAAUUCACCCGUGACCAUUCUAAUGUAUGGACAACUUUCAGACAACAGACAGUGGCUAUAUUGAUCAAACGAGCUGCGGUACUUAUAAAGAUGAUUAGUGCAUGUUAAACAAUCGAGAGAUGUAGCAAUGAAGAUAUCAAAUAUAGUGCUAGUAAUUGGUAUCUGGUAUUCAUGUGCCAGCAGAACUGAUAGUACAAACUCGUCUGUAACAUAUUUCUAUGGCUUCAAAUGCUACUUCGGUCACCAGCAGUUGACCGAUAAAUCCCUUGUUUUCGUCCAGUACGAUGGGGCCCCCAUUCUCUGUGACGAAAUCAGCUUCCUGGCGGCCCAAGGCGACAGAUACCAGCUGUGUUUUACACCUGUAUACUUUCACGACCCCUACUGCCAAAUUUUCAUAGAGUAUCUGUCAUAUGAGACGGGUGAUAUUCUUCAGAUUCUUGAAUGCAAAGACAACCACACCAUUGCCUGGUGUUCUGGGGAAACUUCCACCGUAAACGUCAGAAUCAAGAUGACGUCAUCCGUCCGACAAUGGACGGUGGCAAGGGUAAAGAUUAAGCUCGAGGCCAAGCCUAGGACGACGGCGAAAGAAUCAGAGCUGUACAAAGAAUAUGGAAUUCCUUUAUGGUACUUUGUCAUUUUUGGGGUCGGAGGGUUAGUUUUCCUUUUGACUGUCAUCAUGAUCGUAGUCGUCAAGCAUACAGGUGCCCGGCGAUGGGUAAACAAAAUGUUCAAUGCUGGAGAAGCUACGACGAGCAACUCUGACCUCCCUCCUACAUACCAGGAGGCCACCAACUCCAGACCAACAUGUAGCCUAUAUAUACGAGAACCAUUGCCUCCCAAAUACUCCGACAUAUUCAGUGACACGCAAAGGAGUUAGUGCAUUCGAAAUACAAAUACUGCACUUCUAAAGACGUGCAAACCAUAGAGGCCCGGACGUAAACAGUGAAUUGCAUUUCCCGAUUUCUUUGAAACGACCAUACCCAAUUACUAUGACCUUACCAUUUUUAGAAGUUAACCUCAUUUGGUUGGUGGCAAAUAAUAAAAAAUAUUAAAUCAUA